UCGUUACUAAUGCCACAACAAAUUGGAGUAAUGGCCGAAGGCACAGUUCGUACAAAGAAACCAGCAACAGUGGAUGAGAUGAAUUUGAAAUCUGUACGGCGAUUGGAUCCAUGUGCAGUGACAAUCAUUGAUAAGACAGCGCAUGCAGCACUGUACGAAUUCGACAGGGAAAAAUUUGAGUGGGUGAAGACAGCCAUCGAAGGGCCGUUAUUCCUGUAUGAACGAGCAGACGCGCCGCUGCAUUCCCUGAUGAUCGCAAAUCGCCAGUCGCUGAAGGACCUCAUCGAACCAAUACUACCACCAGUCCUUUUUUUCCUCGAAACGCCCUAUGUGUUCAUGAACAAACUCGCAGAACGGCAGAUCAUAGGUUUCUGGUUUUUUGACGAGGAAGAUUGCAAGCGUUUUUACGAGGUGCUUCUCAGACUUGCACCUCAAACAACCACCCAUCCUUCCAUGGCUGCCACCAAUCCAGAAGCACUUGUGAACGGCUAUCGCGUCAACACCAACCAGUCAGCCGGUAAACCUCAGUUUAGCAUUGGCACGGGCCCAGCAACUAACAAAAAUGAUCAGAAGAGCAGUAUCUUUGAUGCCGAUUCAGCAGACCGCAAACAUUCUCAACCGAGCGUCGCCGCAAGCCCAACAGCUAGCAGAAGUAGUCACUCUUCCACCACCGGUAAUGACCCCCCAGUAGCAGCGGCAGCAGCCGAAAAAGCUCGUCAGUAUGGCAACAGCUCAACUUCGCCAUCCAACAAAAAUGCCGAACCCAGCAACGACAUCUGUUCAGCAGCUAAUAAAGGAGAUUUGCACAGCAGUGGAAAUGGGAUGCCCGCCUUGCUACGACAGAUUUUACACAAGCAUUCGGUGUCCACACUGCCAGCUCUGCCCACUCAAGGAGUACUGAGCGCGGACCAGAUUGAAGAGCAAUAUUUGACUGGAGACGACGAAAAGAAAAAUGCGGCGGCAGCGCCAUCGGGGAAAGCUGGAUCCGGAAAUGAAAAACAGAAAAUAUCUCGAAUUCUACCAUUCUUGUGCAACAGUGUAUUAUUUGAUUCUUAUCCGUUCUUGUUCUUAGUCGAGUUUUUGGGAAUUAUACCAAAUUUAGUGCCACCUGCGAGUCUUCAUCAGUAUCGAAAGCGGAUGAAAGUGGCGGCUCUCUACCGAUGA